CGCUGAGGAAACCCUUCGCCACUUUCUUUUCCUACGAUUUCUACUUGGUAUCAGAGCUCGAGUAGCCAUGGCGACGCCAUCUCCAAAUACUCCGGCACCGAAUACUCCGGCACCGAAUACUCCUCCCGGCGGUGGAUCAGGCAGCAGUGGUACUGCAAACAUUCCUUUCAACUUCAGAAGUUUCAACAAUGGCGCACAAGGCACUCGUCCAGGAAGUGGUCAAGGAACUAGAUCUACAGAUACAGUCUUCGGUAAUCCUUUCUAUAUCAACCCCAAUGAAAACCUUGCACAAUCGAUUGUACCCAUUGUGCUUGAUGGAUCAAAUUACCACAUGUUGUCUAGAGCCAUGAAGGUUGUUCUUAAAACGAAGCAGAAAUUGGGUUUUAUAGAUGGUUCUAUCCCAGCCCCAAAUCGAUCUGAUGAACUGUUUAACAUAUGGGAUGCAAACAAUACUAUCGUUCUUUUCUGGAUUACUAAUUCCUUAUAGAAGGAGAUUGCUAUAAGUGUUCAGACUCAUGAAAAUGCACAGAUUCUUUGGAAGGAGCUCAAUGAUCGUUUUGGGCAAGCAAAUGCCAUAAGUUAUCUAACUUGGAAGAUGAAAUACAUGCUUACAAACAGGGUACUAGUACUGUUACUCAAUAUUACACUCAUUUGAAGGGUUUAUGGGAUGAAUAUAGUCAGUUCAACCUAUAGUACCUUGUCAUUGUGCUCCUGGUAAUCCAAAUCCUUGCACAGUUGUAGAAGCAUUCAAAGAGAAACAAAAUACUGAUUGCUUGAUCAGGUUUCUUAAGGGUUUGAAUGAGGAUUACAACUACAUCAUCUCUCAAUUGUUGAUGAUGAAGCCUUUGCCCUCAUUUACUACAGCAUAUGACUACCUUCUGCAAUAUGAACAAAAGAUCAAAACUGAAGGAAGCAUUGGGAAUCAAAAGUCAAGUCAAUCUGUAGCAUUGGUUGUAGGGGUAGGUACUCCACCUGCUAAGGGAUAUAAUCGACAAGAAGGAGAAGCUGAAAGAACAAGACUAUUAUGCAAUUACUGUAAGAAGACUAAUUAUGUCAUUAAAGACUGCUGGAAACUGAGAAGGAAGAGACAGGAAAAAGAAGGGACACAAGGGAAUCGGUUUGCUGGGUCAGUUGGCCCAAGUUCUGGAAGUGAGGAAGGUCAAGAUAAUGAAGGACGAUUACAGGUCGAUACAAGUAGCUCUCAUUCCACUUCUGGAGGGUUCACAAUGGAAGAAAUGAACAAACUCAGAAGUCUGCUGCAAUCCUCCAGUUCCAAUUCCCCAACCUCACCUCAGAGUCCAGUAAUCAACCACAUAGCUUGUUCAGUGACAAACUACCUACCAAAAUUCCGAAGCCAUGCAGGUAAGUUUGUUCUGUCAUCUCAUAACCAUUCAGACUUAGCUCAUAAUUGGAUCUUGGAUACUGGUGCAUCAGAUCACAUAACAUGUUCUCUCAGAUCAUUUACUCAAUGCUUUCCUGUAAAUGAUGUUUUUGUGUAUUUGCCUAAUCAAUCCAAAGUUCUAGUAAGCCAUAUAGGGUCAGUCAAGCUCACAAACGAUUUGGUCCUUCAUAAUGUUCUUCUUGUUCCAAGUUUCACAUUCAAUCUAGUGUCAGUUAGCAAGUUAACACGUGAACAGCCCAUCUCACUUCUUUUCCAAUCUGCCAUUUGCCAUAUUCAGGACCUCAUCACAACCAAGAUGAUUGGUUUGGCGACAGAAAGUAGGGGUCUCUAUCAUAUUCUACCAUUAGACCAUAAUCAGAGUCCACCUAUCUCUCAAGUUGCCUCUAUCUACAACUUUGAACCUCAGAAGAUUGAUCUAUGGCAUUGGCGUUUAGGUCAUCCUAGUCAGAGCAGUUUCAGCUUAUUCAUAAAUGUAUCCCUUCCAUUCCUCUAGAAUAAGUUAAACAUUGUGAGCACUGUCAUUUGUCUAGACAGAAAAGGCUCUCUUUUUCUCCUAGUGACAAUGUUGCUUCCACUGUUUUUGGUCUUAUUCAUGUGGAUAUCUGGGGUCCACUUUCAAUACAAUCACAUGAUGGUUUCCAUUACUUCCUUACCAUUAUUGAUGAUCAUUCUAGAGUAGUUUGGAUUUAUUUGAUGAAACAAAAAUCAGAAGCUAGACAACUACUGAUUGGUUUAUGUUCCAUGGUUCAAACUCAGUUUGCUAAAUCAGUCCAAAUAGUAAGAAGUGACCAAGGAAAAGAGUUUUACAUGUGUGAUUUUUAUUUGGACAAAGGCAUUGAACACCAAACCUCUUGUGUUUACACACCUAAACAAAAUGGGAGGGUAGAGAGAAAACACCAGCACAUUUUAAAUGUAGCUAGGGCUGUGAGAUUUUAUUCAGGUGUGCCUCUUGAGUUUUGAAGUGACUGUGUACUUCAUGUUGUAUAUUUAAUCAACAGAUUAUCCACUCUCAUUCUUAAUAACAAAUCACCCUAUGAGAUUUUAUAUCAUAUUCCUCCUUUCCUUGGCAAUCUCAAGGUGUUUGGUUGUCUGGCUUAUGCCACCACACUUGCACAAGGAAGAACAGAGCACUAGUUACUUGUAGAGCUCACCAAUGGCUGCAUCGGCUGUCUUGCAACCAUUCCAUUGAUGACAUGACACUUCCAUUUACCAUUUCAUCGUUGUAGAGAUUAUUCCAUAAAGUGACAACUUCCACUUAAUGGAAGUCUGAAUGAAAUAGCAAGUGGGGUAAUGUGGGCCCCUUUCCACAGUUUUGUCUCAUCUCUUUAAUUUUUAUUUUUUAGAUAAAAUAUAGAGUUGUAUUAAAAUAAUCAAUUGGGCCCUCCAUAUGAAAUAGAAAGUGUAUGUCAUUGAUGUGGAGAGAAUGAAAUUGAUAUUGAUAUAAAGUGAAAUGAGAAAAAUUGUUGAUGUAAGGACCACAUAUGAAAUAAAAAUGCUAUUUGAUCGGUUAGAAGAUUUCCAUUGACAAUAUUAACCACUCCGUGACCUAAAGCAAAUAAUAAACAAAGUCACCUCACGACAAAACCCUCUUUUAUAUUCCGGACUAAAGGACAAAAUGAGUACUUCAAAACAAAGUGCAGAAACCCAGCAUCGAAUCGACCACCAUCGUUUGUCAAAAAAAAAAAAAAGAAAAUCGACCACCAUCACAAAUUAAUCACACGGCACGGCGGCGCUUCCCCUUAUUUUCUGGCGGAGGUUGCUUCAGAGAAAGAGAGGAACCUCGAUGGCGACUAAACCCAGCCUCCUCUUCCGCGUUUUGCGCAGCCACAUCGCCGGCCCAACCGCGGCGACCACCGUCCACGGCGUCCUUCUGAGGAAGUCGCAAUCCAGAGCUCACUACAACUACCACCCCUCUCAUCAUAAUCUCUUCCGUAAAUCCAGAGAUCAUCAGAGCACCAAGCUCACUAACGGCUUCUCUCCCAGCUCUCUCAUCAUCUCUUCACCCUUCUCGUCUUCCUCUUCUCCAGCCGCGUUUGUUUCGUGGUACCUGGGCAUGGUGAAAUCCCGUCCUAUAUUCACCAAAAGCGUCACUACUUCGCUUGUUUACAUGGCAGCUGACCUCUCUUCUCAGACGAUGUCGAUUAUAAAGUCGUCGACAGAAGGCGGGUUGAGAAUUGAAGCAUACGAGGUGGCUCGCAUGGCUGGAUUCGGGCUGCUAGUUCUAGGGCCGUCGCUUCACUUCUGGUUCAACUUCAUGUCCAAGCUCAUCCCGAGGCGCGAUCUGGUGGCAACGUUGAAGAAGACGGCCGUGGGUCAGGCCGCCUUUGCACCCAUUAUGACCGCUGUGUUCUUCACCACAAACGCAGGAUUGCAAGGUGAGAGCGGUGGUGAGAUAGUGGCGCGGCUGAAGAGAGAUCUGAUCCCUGCAAUCGUCGAUGGUGCUAUCUACUGGACCUUGUGUGAUUUUGUUACCUUCAAAUUCGUCCCUGUCCAUCUCCAGCCAUUGGUGAGUAAUUCAUUCACCUACUUGUGGAGUGUCUACAUGACAUACAUGGCGAGUAAAGAAAAGGUGGCUGCUCCAGCACCAACCAGCACCCAGCUACUCUAAUAAUCGGCAGCUCUAUCUAUCUAUCUAUCCAUCUAUCUAAUAUCUAUUUGAUUCCUUAAAGAGAUUGUUGUCGAAACAGUUGGGUUCUAAUAAUAAACGGAAAUGGGCUUUAAUAUUGCGCGUAUCACAGCUAUGUUAUUCUAUAGAUAUAAUAAUUAGCCUAAUUACACUGGAAAGUCUCAAUUAUUCAAAAAGUGUCAUUUCUAUUCUAAACUAUUCAAUAUGACAAUUCUAACAUGAAUUAUUUUUCUGUUAGGAUUGACCAAAUUUGACUGUGGAACAAAAAAUUCAGUCAACG